AUGCCUCCCAAACGCAAGAGCCCUCGCGAGACAACAAUCGAGAGCUCCCAAGCUAGCAGAGCUAACAAAGCUGUUAAGACCACAGAAAAGGACCCAGCGAUUACAUUUAAUGUUGCAGAAACAGGCAAGUCAUCGGCCACCAAAACAUGGCUGCUGUCACUAACCGUUUUGUCAACAGAUCGUGAAUCAGAUGGAGAUACCGGUGCUGAGGAAAUCGCCAAUGUGCUCAACACCGCCACAAGAAGAAAAUCUACUUCCGAGAAUGCCGGGUCGCUACUACCCCUCGGCGCUUUUGGAAAUUUAGCGCGGAGAUUGUUUGGCACAACUCAAGCAGAUCUAGAAGAGGCAGACGCAGCAGAAGCAGCAGAAGAGGAGGAGGUCGAACAAAAUGGAGAUGACCACGCAGCAGACUUCAUGGAGGAAGCUUCGAGGGUUUUUUCAUAUGUGCAGGCUCCGUCCGUUGAAGCGUCGCCAGCGAAGAGAACCCUUGAAAAAAUCUCCGAUGCUGAAAAACCAAGCGAGGACGAACCCAUCGAAAAUCCGCCUAAGCGUGGAAAAGCAAAGGGAAGGGGCAAGCAAUCUCCGGUAGCACCUAAAACCAGUGGCGGUCAAACUCUGGAGGUUGUAAUUCAUAGUACCCCAGAGAAAAAUACAGCUUCAACCCCCAAAAAGCGUCCUGGCAGAAAGCCUGGCAAAAAGGCUCAAUCCAGUCCCAAAAACCGUACGAGAGCAUCUAAGAAAGCAGCUUCUCUUGCGUCCUCUGUCCCAAAAAAUAACCAGGAAAUAGCUGUGCCUGCGCCUCAACCUCAUUCUAGGGGCCGUCCAAGGAAAAUCACCACUACAGUACAGUCAGCCGAGGAGACGUCAAGUUCGCCUAGUGUGCCCCCAAUCGACCCUCAAGAUUAUGAGGAAGGUUUUACCGAUAUUCUCAUGAACCCCAGUCCAGUCAAAGUAACUGAGCCAAGUUCUGGUGCGAUAACCUCUAAUGCAACACAGAAAGUGCAAUCGAAACGAGGCCGGCCUGCAAACGGUUAUGAAAGUCCGUCAAGUGAUGAGGAAGAGAACCAUAUUCAGAAUGGCGUUGAGAAUGAUGAGGACCUUCCGCUAUUUGUGGAAGAUAAUCAACCCGGGGACCAACAAAAACAAAGGGAGGGAACGACAGACUCCGGCGAACGUCAUCCCAUUUUCAUAGACACUGAACUUCUUGAAUCACUCAUUGAAAAGGCUAGGCGGGUUGGCCACACACAAAAUAGGAAAACAAGGGAAUGGGUAGAUGUCAGUGAAGUCAAGAAAAUCAGCACUCAAGGCGGAGAGAAGAUUCAUCGGCUGUUAGUACGCUUAUCGUCAAGCUACGAAACGCUUAAGGCUUCAGAUUUAGAAGACGGUGGGGAAGCGAUAGACGAGGCCAAAGAAGAUGUUACUUCCAGACUGCAGCGUUUAGCGGACUACGCAACCAGAAUGGUGUCUACUAGGCUGGAUGGGAAAGCGGACGAAUAUAUGGUUACGAAACUUCUGAAAGACCUCUACUUUCAUAUUUUUCCUGACUGGCUUGAUUGCAUUCAACUUGCUUCAGAAUGUUACACUAAGGACGGGGCAACGACAAGCCAAUCGCUUCAAGAGAUGCAUACUCUUUUGAACUCGUACUGCGAAUUGGCCGAUUCUGCAAUAAGCCAACCUACCAACAUCCAACCGAAAGGCGACUAUCAAACAUCCAAACCGACACGCGAGAUUGUGCCUCAUAUUCACAAACUUUGUAGAUCAAUGCAGAAAGAGGCUGCUCUCAAAUCUUACACAAGUGCUGCUGCGAGGGAAUUGAAACUGCAGAUAGAGCGGGAGAUGAAGAGAGAGCACGACCAACCUGUUCCUUCUCUCGAGGAUGUGGAAGUAAAAAGACUCCAAUUGGAAUUGGCCAAAGUACACCGAGAGGGGGAAGAGAAAAUCGAAAGAGAACGUCGUCGACAAAUUAACGAAAUUCACCGAAGACAAGCUGAGCAAAUCCGUGAAGCUUUGGAAAGGGAGAAAAUGGACUACGCUGAAUUUGAGCGAAGAGGGAGUAAGAAUCUUGGAAGUUCGAGGGGUGGUUCGCGGACGGAAAAUUUGCAGCAUCGACUUGCGAGUUUGACGCAUGAAGAGGGAGAGGAGGAUGACCCGUUCUCGGAUAAUUACGUCGUUCGACAGAAUGGCCGCGCCGCCUCUUCUAAAUUGGGAGGAGAGGAUGAUGAGGAUGAGAGGAAUGAGGAAAACGAGGAUGAAUAUGAAGUUGAGAGAGUCGAAGUUUUUCCUCACAACAACAAGAGUCUUACUACCCCGAUGCCCUGGUCCGACCGUCAAAAACUCGUUUUUAUCAAGUGUAUGAUUCGAGGAGGUAUGUAUUCUCUCAUAAUCCUUAAUCAACAAAGGUUGACAUAAAAGCUGAUGGUCUUUACAGGACGUGACAAGUACGAACGCGCGGCUGAGAAGUUACAGUGUAGUAUGGAUGAGGUCUUUGCUGCUGCGAAGGAACUUCAGGAGGCACACGAUAAGGCGCACGCGGCAGGCUCGUUGAACGGGCCGGAUGAUGGGUGGACUUAUGAUGUUUGGAGUAAUGCGGUAUGA